CAACGUAGCCGCAGGCUGGAGCUGUGUUGGAAAGGGAGAGUGAUGAAUCCAUGAACGAACCAUUAGCAGCUAGCUAGGUCGCGGGCUGAGGGCUGACUAAUCAUGGAGCAAGCAGCGAAGGCCACCAUCUCACUGUCGCCGCCGAGUUACGCUGGAUGUUGCAUGGCAGCAUGUCCCUACCGAUCAACGCGGCACCUGCGCAGAGGAGGCGGCUGCUCUGCUCGCUCCAUCUCCUCCCUCCGGCAUGCCCCUUCUGCUCGUGUUUACGCCGCAGCCGCAGCCGCAGCCACGCCGGAGUCCAAGUCGACGAAAGAGAAUGACCUCGUCUUCAUCGCGGGAGCCACCGGAAAGGUGGGAUCCCGAGCUGUAAGGGAGUUCAUCAAGCUUGGCUUCCGUGUCCGCGCCGGCGUUAGAAGUGCACAGAGAGCAUCGUCCCUUGUGCAGAGUGUUGAGCAACUGAAAGUCGAUGACGAUGCAACUUCGCCCGCAGAAAGGCUCGAGAUCGUAGAAUGCGACCUGGAGAAGCAGGCGCAGUCAGACAUCGUGUCGGCCAUUGGCAACGCGGCGAUUGUGGUGUGCUCCAUCGGCGCCAGCGAGAAGGACAUCCUGGAUGUAACGGGCCCCUACCGUAUCGACUACAUGGCCACCAACAACCUCGUGCAGGCUGCAACUGCUGCAAAGGUUGAGCACUUCAUCCUGGUUACAUCCCUGGGCACAAACAGGAUUGGCUUCCCUGCUUUUCUUCUCAACUUGUUUUGGGGGGUUCUGUGCUGGAAAAGGCGAGCUGAAGAAGCGCUCAUCGGCAGCGGCCUUCCUUACACGAUCGUCCGACCUGGUGGCAUGGAGAGGCCAACGGACGCUUUCAAGGAGACGCACAACCUGGUGGUGGCAGUUGAGGACACCUACGUCGGUGGACUCGUUUCCAACCUUCAGGUGGCGGAGCUCAUCGCGUGCAUCGCCAGCAACAGGAGAACGGCCUACUGCAAGGUGGUCGAAGCGAUCGCAGAGACCACCGCGCCAUUGCUGCCCACGGAGGAUCAGCUCGCCAACAUACCUUCAAAGCGGCAACCUCCGCCCGAACCUGAGGUAGUUCAGCAGGGAGAGACCCCUCCAAAACCGAUCCAGCAAAGCCAACGACCACUCUCACCCUACACGGCAUUUGUGGACCUGAAGCCUCCAAGCUCGCCAUCGCCGUGCCCACCAUCAGCAGCAGCUCCUGCUCCUACUUCUACAGAUACCGCUGCGGCAGGUUCAUCGUCAACGUUGAACUCCAGCGCCACCGGCACCCCCAUCAGCGUGGAUCAACCGAAGCAGCAGCAGAGGCCUCUUUCACCGUACACUAGAUAUGAGGAGCUGAAGCCACCCAGCUCGCCGUCACCGACGCCGCCAUCAGCAGCUUCAUCGGCUUCUGUUUCUGCUUCUCCUGAUACACCUCCUGCAGCAGCAGCUUCAUCGGCGGCGUUGGACUCCAGCGCCAACGGCACUCCCAUCACCGGCGAUCAACUGAAUCAGCAGCAGAGUCCUCUUUCACCAUACACAAGGUACGAGGAACUCAAGCCUCCAAGCUCGCCAACCCCAUCUACCCCCAAACUAUAGAAGCAAGAUAGUUAGCAUAUAAGGCUAUAUUCGUUUUUUGCCUUGGCCAAUCAUCACUCAAGAUCCAGUUAUCCACUACUAGUUAAUUACCUUCAUCCAGGAAAAGCGACUUGUAUUUUUCAUGUCCAAAUUCAAAAAAAACAAAGAGUAGUAUUGGAAUUGGAAGUCAACAAAUUAAUUCUCUCUAAGUCUUACAAUGUUUGUGCACCAAGACCCAGGAAUAAUUUAAACGGCAUCAAUCAAUAUGACAUGCACAAUAUGCA